GGCUAAAGCUUACAUCGCAAAGGAACUCCGAACGGUACCUUUCCUCGUGAUGAUGCUGAUUUGAAUUACUUCAAAUCCAACAUAUGCAAUUCGUGAGAAGGGUUGUCAUUAUUUCUUCAACUUCUUCCCUUCCCCGACAUGUAUUAUUAGUAUUAUUAGUAUACCUGCGCACCUACCUAGGUACCUAUCUUGUGUACCUUCCCUAAUAACCUGACUCAGUACAUGUAACCUAGGAUAUCAAGGUUCUGUCCAACUCAGAACGUCAUUUUCGUCGGUUCCUUUGUCUACCUGGCAAACAUCUUUUAGGUCACCACCACCACUUUCAAGUUUCACGCACACAACACAACACACACAUAAUACACACCCUGAAAUAUUCGCCAAUUUCUCAACUCUCUUCUUUCCUCAGCUAAACUCGACCUUCAUUCAAAAAGUUAGCGACCAGCCGAGUACCAUACCCUCAACGACAACUAAACCUCCAUAUCGCAUCGCCACUUUGUACUAGUCCAUCAGAAUGGCGGACAAUCUCUGCGGUCCUUCGACCGCUCCCAAAUCACUAUCCCGACACUUUGAACAGGACCGUUCUCUACAGCAAGACCGAUUCGCUUCUUCUGCCGGACCCUCCAGCGGCGUUCACGAUGCGACACAGCGCUUUCGCAGCCUUAACUUAGGCGACAACAGAUUCACGUCGGAUUUCUCAGGAUUUCAAAAUGCAUCCUUUAUGGAUAUCUCCCCUGACGUUAGAAAUUGGAAUCACAAUCACCAAUUAGUCCCUUACCCAUCCUUUGCUAACGACGAUGCCUUCUCCCCCAUCGAUCGCGUCAACCCUUCAACGCGCCCUAGAGUUGCCCCCGAGCGCUUCAAUACCUCCUCCCGAACUAGCGCUACCGCCGCCACCAUCCCCACCAUACCCAUCAUGUCUACUCCUGUAGGCCCUUCCACGACGACUCAUUUCCCAAACCUCGUCGCUCAACGUCGUACAGACUGGGCCAACGAGUUCAACCAGAGGAUGGCCCGUCGCGAUUUCAGUCAGAUGAAUCAAAGCUUCGGUCCUCCUGGACAGGCAUUCAGACCUAUGAACGCCUAUGGUGAAAACAUGUUGCGGCAGGAUAUGGCCAUCCGCCCUAACCAGGUCCCCGGCCCCAAAGACGAUCUCGACUUCGACGCCGAGCUACGUGCCUGGGCUGCUGCCAAUAGUCCUGAGACGCAAGCUCAAGCUAACGCGUGGCUUCAUGUUGAGGACACCUCUGCAGGCGGCCGUGUUCGCGCCACACAGGCUACUACACAGUCGACUGAUUCUCAUCAACUUACCAUGCAGAAUCUGACUACCCUCGAGCAAGAGACCGUUACGGUAGUCGAGCACCCCUCGAGCGGUUUGGCCGAAUCCACAACUGAGACGGAGGAGAUGGCUCAGUCUCGAGGCAAAGAGGAUUCGGAACUGGCCAUGGCCGCGCAGCAGAUCCUAGAUUCUGUCUCGGGGAACAAGUCUGAUAAGUUCAAGAACUCUGGCUUCAUUCAGAUGAUGCAGAAGAUUGCGGCGCAGGAGCUGGUCGUUCGGGAUAACAACUUGGUUGAAUUUCCCCAAACGACUGCCAACUAAAUUGAUAUUGAUUGCUAAUACUGACACCGAGGCGCCGUCACUGAAAGAGGUGGCGUUGAAGCCCGUUGCUGUCGAAGACUCAUUUUUAUGAGUAGGGCUAGGACUGAUUAAGGAGCGAGAUGCUUUACAGGCACGCGUUGAUUUUUACUAGUAUGUAGAAAUAACAUACAUCAUGAUACCCUACAGUGCUGUGUUCUAUUACCGGCUGUGCAUGUUUCUUUAUUGCGAGUCGUAAUUCAUAAUCUCCUAUAAUAAGCAAGCUCUAUGUGGAUAUUGCCUAUA